AUGGAUCCAGUAAAUAAGACACAAAUUUCAGAAUUUCAUCUUCUAGGACUCUCAGAGGACACAGAACUGCAGCCCGUAAUCUUUGGGCUGUUCCUGUCCAUGCACCUGAUCACUGUGCUCAGGAACCUGCUCAUCAUCCUGGCCACAAUCUCAGACUCCCACCUGCACACCCCCAUGUACUUCUUCCUCUCCAACCUGUCCUUUGUAGACAUCUGCUUUGUCUCAACCACUGUCCCAAAGAUGUUGGUGAAUAUCCAGACGCAGAACAAAGUCAUAACCUAUGCAGGCUGCAUCACCCAGAUGUACUAUUUCUUACUCUUUGUAGGACUGGACAACUUCCUCCUGACCGUGAUGGCCUAUGACCGGUUUGUGGCCAUCUGUCACCCCCUGCACUACACGGUCAUCAUGAACCCCAGGCUCUGUGGACUGCUGGUUCUGGUGUCCUAGAUCACACAU